CCCGCGCCUCGCGCGCCCCACCGCGCCCUCCCGCGCCCCGUGCCCCGCCUCCCGCGCCCCGCCGCAUCUCCCGCGCGACCGGAUGGAGGACGCCGGUCGUUGCCCGCCUCUGUGCGGGACGCAGAGCGCGUCCCCCAUUUUAGCGCAUGCGUAGAGUUUACCGAUGGAAUGAUAGAGUCGCUACAGUAUUCUGUAUAAUAGAGAACAGAUCCCUUUACAGUCCACCGCUGGAGAUAGCCGCUCCGCCGCUUCGUUCCUACUUCCGCCGCAGCCCGCGCCCGGCGCCCGUCCUACCAGCCCCGCCACCUCCUCUCGUUUCUGUGCGCAGGCCGCGGGGCUCCCUGCCCUCCCUCCGCCCGUCGCAUUGCCAAGCCGGCAAGCCGCGGCUAGGGUUUGGGCCCAAAAUCGCCGCCGCCGGUCGAUUCGCCGUCUCCGGCCGCUACACCUCGGCUUUCUCAGCUCCGGAGACCGCAUCUGCACCGCCUCCCUCAGCUAUUAGAGAGAAGGGAAGCGUGGAAUCAUCGAAGGGGAAGAGAGAGAGAGAGAGAGAGAGGAUGGAUGCAGCAUGGGCUUGUGCGGUGGGUCGAGCCGUCGACAUGGCUGACUCCGCCAAGCGCUUCUUCCUCUCCUUCCGCCGCCCACCGCAGCAGCAGCAGCCACCACCGCUGCAUCCAGGCCAUAACCCCGUUGAUAUCUUGAAGCGUUUGCAGCGACAAGCAUUCUAUGACAUCAUGCAGCUGAGGGAGAGACAAGAGAAAGUUGAGAGAGUCCUUUCGUUGUUCAAAGCUUCCAAAGUUGGUCCAUUUGCAGAAGAAAGCACUCAGGUCAAGGGCGUUAUCAAUGUCGCUGGAUCGCUGUCAAGAGAGAGUUCAGAAGCAGAAUCUGGUAUUAGUUCACGAUUUGUAUUUCAGACCACUGUUCGGAAGAAGGAUUCCCUCUUUGCAGAGCUCAUCACUGAUCAUAGAUACAUGUCUCAAGAAAAUGAUCAUACUGGGAGCCCUCUUGUGUUGUCAAAGGUGAUGUACUUGUCAAAUAUCAAUGACUCGCUGUCUGCUGCUGCUGUACCAGUUGGAGCAACGUGUGAUGAUUUUUCAACUGAUCCUAAUCUUCAAGAGGAACAUUGGCUGGCCAGCUUGCGUUCUUCGUUGAGGCCACCUUUGCUGAUUAAAAGUCACAAAUAUGCUGGUGGCCUAAUACUGAGAUCAAAGAACUUUGCUGUUUCUCUUGCUGAGCUGAUUUCAGUAGCUGGGCAGCCGGUAAAUGCUGGUGAAGCUAGCAGAGUUUUCACAGAAUUUGGGCAAUUUUCAUAUCAGAUGCCUGAUGACAUAAAAUUGACUUUGUCUGCUGCCUGGCACGGACCAAGUGUGAUUCCUCGGAAGAGGAAACCUUCGGCUGGAGGUUGCAUUGAUGUUGAGCUGAAAUUCGAUGAGGACUCCAGAAUCGGGGCUUGGAUUGAGAUCAACAGGAAGUCAAACCCACGGUCACUGAGAUGGGCUCUCACACUAUCAGAUACCCCGGAGGAUGACCUAGGAUGGGGUUUGAGCUUGCGGAGAGGGACUGAAGCCAAACCACAACGGUUUCAGGUAGAGGGUUUUCUGAAUUUGCAUCUGGGCAAGAAGGCUGCUGUGCAACCUGGUAUCGUGUUCAACGUGGACGGGGGGAGAUGCACACCUGCUCUUGUAUUCCACUCAAGCUGGUCCUUGUGAUUCACUAAUUCUGGUGUAGGAAACUUUUGGUAGAUCAGAGAAUGCAGAAGGAAUUGUUUGUACCCUGUUGAAGAAAAACAAUUCAUUUAUAAGCGCAUGAAGUGUUACUAAAAUGGUAAUGAGAAAUCAAAACUUCCAUGACGUA